AUGCCGGAAAGAGAUUUGGACCCUGCCACGCUUCUCCAGAAACUCUCGACGACGUGCGACCCCUAUAUUUACCCUGCGUAUGAGAUAGAAGAGACUCGCAAACACACAUUCCAUGGCGAUGCCGCAAGAGGCGUGCAGAAACUCCCGCAACUGAGUAAUGAUUUGAGAGCCGAAUAUCUCCAGGCCGUUCGGGCAAAUGUCGCAGCAAAGCGCAGAUACGAAGAGGCUGCAAGUUCUGCUUCGCAGGCCCGUAGCACGAAUCAGUCGGCGCGGCCAGCAUCGGAUAUGGCGGCUUUGCUCGAUAUUCACCUUGAAUUCUUGCGUUUGAAGAAGCGAAACGCGCAAUUGAUGGCCCUGAAUGAUGAAGUGAACGCUAUCAAAAUUUCCUCUGGUCCGGCUUCGGUCCAGUUGGGUUCCAACCCUAUUGAAUCAGAGGCUGCAACUUUGUCCUCCACGAAUGGGCAAGGAGCCCUCGCGAAGUCGAUCAUUCAAUUCAUCCAAGCUCUCGAAAUGGCUGUGGUGCAUGCUAAACAUGAGGCGAUGCAGCUGGAGACGCUGUUAGAUCGCGCCAAAUCGGGCAUUCAAGAGUCUGGAAACAUUACAGCAGAGCGAUAUCUUAUCGCCAUGUCAGCGGCGAGAAAGAAAUUGACUACAUGGCUACAGGAGGUCCUGGACAGGUGUCAAGACGGUACUGAUGUGCUGAACGAUGAGGGUGUGGAUGACUCGCCAGAAACCGAAGAGGACUUGGACAAGCGGGUUAGCACUCAAUAUGAGCAGUAUAUCGACGCACGGAGACAGCUACUCUCUGCUGUCGCGAACUUGAGAGCUCCUUUGCCCGAGAAAGAGUCAAGAGAUAUCAAAGGAUGCAACGAGACAAUGGAGCUACUGCUGACCACCCAAGGAACCAAUCUCAUAAGUGCGAUUGAAAAAUGUUUGCUCCCAUCCAUGCAGCAACAAAGAAUUUCGUCCUUCUACCUCAUGUUUGUGGACAACCAGCUGCAGAAAGAAUCUACCACUACAAUCAACAUGCUUGAGCGGCUCAGCGAUGAGAGCCAGCUCCUCCAAGCUUUUCCAAUCCUGGCUGGGUCCGGACGCUUUAUGCACGCCGCAUCUACUUUCGGUAAUAAGCAACAACAGGAAGCGACAACGGGGAUGAAGGAUGAGGUAUCAAAACGCCUUGAUUCGUGGAUAUUUGCAGCCGAGGCAGCCGAUGUGGCUUCCUCGGGGGCAAUUGAAAAGCAUUUGAAGCAGGGAACAGAAGCGGUGGAUGAGGUGCGGAGAGGGUUAGCAGAGAUACGGCUUCUUAAGGAAGGUCGGACAUGA